AGCACGGGUUAAUAUUAUGGCCAAGGUCCUUCAGAUGGCGGUGAUGCUGGGCAGCUCCAAGCUGGGCCACGGCGCCUUUGGAUUUGAUGAAAGGCAAACGGACUCGACUCCAGUGCCGCAGAUGAAGCGGGAGCUGCCCACGCGAAAGAUGUGCCUGGAGGCCUUUAAGCGCACCCACUACGACAUCCUCAUCAUUGGCGGCGGUGCUGUGGGUUCCGGUUGUGCUCUUGAUGCUGCCACGCGGGGCUUAAAGACCGCCCUGGUGGAAGCGAAUGACUUCGGCAGCGGCACUUCCUCCAAAUCGAGCAAACUCUUGCACGGUGGCCUAAGGGAUCUGGAGCAGGCUAUCUCGCGUCUGGACGUGGCUGCAUUUCGGAGGGUUCGCAGCUCCUUGCAGGAGCGCAGCCACAUUGGCAAUCUGGCGCCGCAUCUCAGCCAGCCAGUUCCCAUCCUGCUGCCCGUUCACCAUUGGUGGGAGGCGCCGCUUUACUACAUGAAGCUAAAGAUUUACCACCUGAUGGCGCCCAAGACCACCAGGAGUUUUCAGUAUCUGAGUGCGAACGAGGCGUUGGAACUAUUUCCAAUGUUGCGACGCCAGGAACUGUUUGGCGCCUUCGUCUUUUACGAGGGCCAGCACGAUGAUGCCAGGAUGUGCCUUUCGGUUGCUCUUACGGCGGCUCGUUACGGAGCAGAUAUCUGCAACCACAUGAAGGUCUCGAGACUAAUCAAGAACAAGGAGGGCAAUGUGGCGGGUGCGGAGGCGGUGGACCAGCUGACGGGCAAGAAGUACAGUAUCCGGGCGAAGGUGGUGGUCAACGCCACUGGCCACAUGAGCGACAGCCUCCGCCAGAUGGAGGAUUCGGAAGCCAAGCCGCUCUGCACGCGCAGCUGGUCCUCGAUCAUCGUCUUGCCCCGAUACUACUGUCCCGAGGAGGUGGGCGUCUUUGAUCCACACACGCCCAGUGGCCGAUCGAUCUUUUUCCUGCCCUGGCAGGGCCAUACGCUAGUGGGAUCCAGCGAUGAGCCGCUCAAUCUGCCCGAACAGGACACGCAGCCCACGGAGACGGAUGUGCAGUCUCUACUAGACUGCGUUAAGCACUUUGUAACGCCCAAUUUCGAUGUGCGAAGAUGCGAUGUACUGGCCGUUUGGGGUGGUUACAAACCUCUGCCCGUGCAAUCCGAUUCCCUGCACCAUACUCUUUUCAAGAACCAUGUAAUUCAGCUAGGGCCCCGAAACAUGCUUUCCAUUGUGGGCGGCACCUGGUCGUCGUUUCGGGUUCUGGCUGAGAAAACUGUCAACGCAGCCAUACGGUAUGGAGAUCUUUCACCGCUGCGCAGAGAAUCGGUGACCGCCGAGUCCUGCAAACUGGAUGGAGCCAGUGGCUGGGGUCCGAAGAUGUUUAUCCGGCUGGUGCAGGACUUUGGAAUGGAGCGGGACGUGGCUGAGCACCUGUCCAACACGUACGGAUCGAAUGCCUUCAAAGUGGCUGUGAGUGCGGACAGCAGUGGAAAGGCAUGGCCCAUUGUGGGCAAGCGACUUCAUUCGGAGUUCCCGUACAUCGAGGCGGAGGUAAAGCAGGGCGUUCGGGACUUCGCUUGCACGUUGGAGGACAUGGUGGCCCGCCGACUACGUGUGGCCUUUCUAAAUGUCCAGGUGGCCGAGGAGAUACUACCGCAAGUGGCAAACAUUAUGGCCAAGGAGCUAAGUUGGUCGCGAGAGCAAAUUAAAAAGCAGAUCCGCAAGACGCGCACUUUUCUAAACUCCCAGAUGGGCCAGCUGACCAAGGAGAGUGCCUCGCAGUUGAACAUUCCCAUCAAGAUGAGUGUGGGCCAAGUGCGGAAGUUUGCCGGGCAGUUCAGGCAAAUGGAUAAGAACAAAACGGGGUACGUGUCGAUUGCCGACUGUUGCAGGGCCAUGAAAACGAUGGGCGUAAAGGAGGUGCCCGUCGACCUGAUGCACAACGUCUUGCGGGACAUUGAUGUCCAUGCCCAGGGCAAGGUCAACCUGUACGAGUUCCUUUUGCUCAUGUCGGCUAUUGUGCAGGGCAACACCGAGUACCUGCGGUACGCACGGCUGUAUUUGGACCACAAAAAGCAUAUGAAAGGCAGUAACUUUCCUAUCGUAAUGCAAAUGGAGCGGGCCGGGGGCGGCCUUUGAAAAUAGUCUUCGUUGUCACCAUCGUCUACGCAUUACACGUCGAAGCAGUUUCCUUCGGGGAUCGCUACCUCAACUUUAA